AUGAGUUCCAAUCGAUGUGCUGUUUGCAAAUAUUUUAGGCGAAGAUGUCCUUCAAAUUGCAUUUUCUCACCAUAUUUCCCUCCAAAUAACCCUCAAAGAUUCACUUGUGUUCAUAGAAUCUAUGGCGCCAGCAACAUCGGGAAGAUGCUCGAGGAAUUAGCUGUGGAAGAUCGUGCAAUCGCUGUGGAGACGGUGUAUUAUGAGGCUAAGUGUAGAGUACAGGAUCCGGUGUAUGGGUGUGCAGGAUUAAUACCAUGGUUGCAACAAGAAUUAAAUAUCGCACAAAGUGAAUUAGCAAAAACUCGAGCCCAAAUUGCACUUGUUUCUGCUAAUUAUGUUGCAUUUCAACAAAAUGAUGUUGAUGAUGAUCCUUGUAAUUCUUGGUUUUCAUAG